AUGAUGCGUCGCACAUCUUCCACCUCUGCUCCUCGGACCUCUCGACAACCUAGCCAUGCCGGUUCCAUACCUUCACGUGCCGGCCUGGACAGGCGCAUAUCUACACUUUCUGGCAAUGCCGUAGAGACCGGAUCAAUAAACCAAUUCCUCGAGGAAGACCAAGCUGUCGUCGACGAAAUCGAAGAGAUCAAACGGUACGAAGAUUUCACGACCAUCGACUGGGUGCAGGAUGCGGCGCGGGAACAGCAACGCCGAAAGGCGCGACGACAAGAACGCGCAGGACAUUUCGAAAGAGGGGGCCGAUUGGGCUGGCGACGAAAGAUCUCCGAGGCGUAUGACGCCGGGCAGGGUUGGAUCGUGGUCAGUCUGAUUGGAGCGACGAUCGGUCUCAAUGCGGCAUGUUUGAACAUCGUCACGGAAUGGCUAUCAGACAUCAAAAGAGGUCACUGUUCUACAGCAUUCUAUCUGAACGAAAAUUUCUGCUGUUGGGGCGCAGAAAGCGGUUGCGCGGAAUGGCACACAUGGAGUCGAUUUGCGGCAUUGAACUAUCUCUUCUACAUCAUUUUCGCGACGAUAUUUGCAUUCACGUCAGCACGGCUGGUGAAAUCUUUUGCGCCGUAUGCAGCUGGAUCUGGAAUCAGCGAAAUCAAAUGCAUCAUUGCGGGAUUCGUCAUGAAAGGUUUCCUUGGACUCGGCACAUUAAUCAUCAAAUCAAUUGGUCUGCCGCUCGCCAUCGCGAGUGGACUGAGCGUGGGCAAGGAAGGCCCGAGUGUGCACUAUGCUGUCUGUACUGGAAAUGUCAUCAGCCGCUUAUUCGACAAAUACCGGCGAAACGCGAACAAGACUCGGGAGAUCUUAUCAGCCUGUGCGGCGGCAGGCGUGGCUGUCGCAUUUGGUAGUCCCAUCGGAGGCGUGCUGUUCAGUCUGGAGGAGAUGAGCAACUAUUUCCCUCUUAAGACCAUGUGGCGAUCAUAUUUCUGCGCCCUGGUUGCGACUGCAGUCAUGGCUGCCAUGAACCCUUUUCGAACAGGACAAUUGGUCAUGUUCACGGUGCGGUACGACCGAAGCUGGCACUUUUUCGAGGUGCCUUUCUACAUCAUCAUCGGAAUUUUUGGUGGACUGUACGGGGCUUUUGUCAUGAAGUGGAACCUUCGUGCUCAAGCCUUUCGGAAACGAUAUCUAUCCAAGUAUGCUAUCCUGGAAGCGACAUUGUUGGCUCUAGGUACAGCCGUUGUCUGCUAUCCCAAUAGCUUCUUGCGGAUCGACAUGACGGAGAGCAUGGAGGUAUUGUUUGUCGAAUGUGAGGGCGACCAUGAUUUCAAUGGCAUCUGCGACGCUAGCAAUCGCUGGAUUACAGUCCUCAGCCUCUUAUGCGCCACUACCCUGCGGAUAUUCCUCGUCAUCAUUUCUUACGGCUGUAAAGUUCCGGCGGGUAUCUUCGUCCCUUCAAUGGCGAUUGGAGCUUCAUUCGGCCGUAUGGUCGGCAUCAUCGUUGAAGCGCUCCACGAAAGCUUCCCGAAUUCUGCAUUCUUCUCGGCAUGCGAGCCGAAUGUCCCUUGUAUCACGCCGGGCACCUACGCCUUCCUCGGUGCCGGCGCAGCACUAAGUGGUAUCAUGCAUUUGACUGUAUCCGUGGUGGUCAUAAUGUUUGAACUCACUGGCGCUCUUACUUACAUCUUGCCGACUAUGAUUGUUGUCGGUAUCACCAAGGCCGUUUCGGAGCGGUUUGGUCGGGGUGGAAUUGCUGACCGCAUGAUCUGGUUCAAUGGCUUUCCUUUCCUCGACAAUAAGGAAGAGCACACUUUUGGCGUUCCGGUCUCACACACCAUGACUACCAACCCGACCGUGCUCCUCGCGACUGGUCUCACGAUCAACGAUGUCGAACGCAUCCUUACAGACACCACAUUCCAAGGAUUUCCCAUCAUCGAAGACGCCGAAACACGCACUCUCAUCGGCUACAUCGGACGGACCGAGCUCCGCUACGCCGUCGAUCGCGCCAAGCGAGACCAGCAGGCAUCUCGCACAGCACGAUGCUUCUUCGCACCUCCGUCCGAAGAUGCUCCUCGGUCCGCCACCACUCCAUCGGCGACCAUGCCCGCCGUCAGCUUCGACGACAUCGCCGAGACGGCCGGCGCCAUGUCCGUGGAAUUUUCCAAAUUCAUCGACCCCACACCCAUCUCCGUACACCCCCGCAUCCCACUCGAGACGGUCAUGGAAUUAUUCAAGAAACUCGGACCGCGCGUCAUCCUGGUCGAACAUCGCGGUCGACUCAUGGGCCUAGUGACGGUCAAGGACUGCCUGAAAUUCCAAUUCAAGGCCGACGCGACCCAUGAGAACCCUGGCGAUGACCCCGUCGUGCAGGAGCGGGAGGAGAGGUUGUGGUCGGUCUUCCAUCUCGUCGGUUCGUGGGUGAGAGAAAAAGUCGCCAAGGUCAGCGGCGGAAGGCUGCAACUCGGUGAAGAA